UGCAUGAGUAUAAAUCAAGGAGUAAUUUGUUAAUAUAUUGAUGAUCUUUAGCAUAAUGACAGAAUUGAGUAGCAGAUGCAUAUUUCUUAUCAUGCUUAAAGAGGCGAAUACAAUGAUACCUCCCUUCUUUAAAUCAGUACUGAUUGGCAAUCUGGAAACAGAAGAGUGUUUUAGUCUGUAAUUGUGUAGGAGGGAGUUUAGGACCAAGAGAUGUCCCCGCGCGACUGUCCUCUCUGACAGCGGAACUUUCCAAAGAAAAAAAGUCGAAGCCAGCAGUGUCAAACUUCCGGGGAUUUCACAAAAAUAUAAUAGUAUUCAGUUCAAACUUUUUCAAAUGAAACUACUGUUUAUUGGUUCCACGACAGUAUAAACGUUUGACAAUGCAGUAAUGACUGGACAAGCUGAGAAGUAUGCAUUCCAAACUAGAGUUUAUUUGAUUUAGCUGCUCUGGUUGAAUCGGCUAGAGAUUUGCAAAUCAUGAUAAGGGAACUUGCAAUCACUGAGCAUCCAGCAUCUGCAUGUGUGCCUCUGAAUUAUCGAGUUACUCUGCGUUGUCGUGCAAAGGGGUCUGGCCUCCUACAGUACCAGUGGUUCCAAUCUGAAGAUGAAGAGGUUCCUGGUGCCACGCAGCCAGACCUGGUCAUCACAGCCAAGAAAACCCAGGUUUACAUCUGUAGAGUGAACGACAACCACAGUAACUGUGUGUUUAGCGAAUGGGUGAAGGUGAAAGUUUGGCAAAUUCUGAGGACAGACCUACCUGUAACCUGGCAAGGACAGCCACAGAUAGUUGUGCAUCCCAGGUCAGUCACUAUAAAGCACAAUGAGGAGCUUAAGUUGCUGAGCAUUGCUUUUGGAAUCCCUCCUCCACGCUACCAGUGGUACUGGAACGGGAAUCUGUUGCAAGACCAGACGAAAGAAACACUGCUAAUAAAGAAAGCAGAUAAAGAACAUCAAGGGACCUACCUGUGUUCAGUUUCUAACGUGCUUGAGGAGAUCUGGACUGAGCCAGCUGAAGUUAAUAUAGAACCUCCUAAUAAAAUCACAGCAGGGAGAUUUUAUGCAACAGACAAAGUAGCUCUGCUUAUUGGCAAUCUGAAUUACUCCAAUCACCCGAACUUGAUUGCGCCCAUGAUGGAUGUGCAAGAGCUGGCGAAUCUGCUGCACGCUCUGAACUUCCGUGUUGUAUCGCUGCUCAACGUCACCAAAGAGGAGAUGGCUGCGGCAAUCCAGGAGUUUGUGAAACUGCUUGACAAAGGGGUUUAUGCUUUGUUCUACUAUGCUGGGCAUGGAUAUGAAAAUUCAGGUAGAAACUACCUGGUUCCCAUUGAUGCUCCCCAGCCAUACAGACGAGAGAACUGCAUCAGUGUGCAGCGAACCAUGCAGCAAAUGCAAGAGAAGCACACAGCACUGAACGUUGUCUUGCUGGACACAUGUAGGAAAUGGUACAACAAGGAUUGUGUGCCUUCUGAAGUAAAGCCACUUGCACCUUUGGGCAACACAGUAUAUGGAUAUGCAACGAGUGAAGAUGCUGAAGCCUAUGAGGUCCAGGAUGGCAGUCGGAGUUCAGGAAUCUUCACAAAGUACCUCAACAAACACAUUUUGCUAAAGGAGAAAGUUACUCAUGUUCUUGAACAAGUAUCAGAGGAUCUAGGAAGAGAUCCACUGAUUACUGGAAAGCAGGUGAUGGAGAUUAAACACACACUAAAUGAGCCCCGUGCACUAACUGACCAAGUCUGCACUACAGGACACACUGUCGAGCUCCGGAAAAGGAACCUCAACUGGAGUUGGGCCAACGAGCUGCCUGAGAGAAGGGUGCUGAAGUUCCCCUGUGGUACUGAAGUGGAACUCAGUUUCUCUGCAUUAUUUUCUAACAUAAUUACAGUGUUUGCUACAGUGAAGAAGACUGGGUGGAAAACAAUGGACUGCAGUGUUAGUCUGCAAAGUACACCAGUAAUGGAGGAUAUGUUCUCAAGCAGUGAUGACAGUACCGGUGGAAUGGGCUCUUUGCUGCUAAGCGGUCCUGACAACACUGACUGCAGCCUGAGGCUGAGCGGCCUACAGAAACUCAAGAGGAAUUUGAUAUUAAAGGUGGAUUUGCAUUAUACAAGCACGGACAGCAGGCAGCGAAUGGUGGAGAGCAAGCAGGAAGACAUUGGAAAACCUUUAGUUGCCACAUGUGAACUUCACAAGUAUGCGAAGCCUUUAGAAAGACGUGAGGCUAAAGCAACAGCCGCCACAUUCCAGGCACCGCCACAGCGGGCAACAGCAUACACGGCGUUGGGUCAGCCUUGUAGGCCAUCGACACGCAAGGCAGCUCAGGAACACAAUGAGCCAGAGGAAAAUGAUGAGAGCGAGUUACUGAACCUCGCUUUCAUGUCCCUGGGACAGAAAAGCACUUGCACUUGACAAAGGGGCAACAUUUCUGCGACAUGAUGACGUCAUUUAUUUGCUGAACAUUUUUUUAUUAUUAUUAUGCCUAAACUUUUUUUAUUUAAUGUGUAUGUUAUACUAAAGUAUUUUGGAGCUGUAUGAAGUGUCAAAGUUUUAUUUUAUAUGGGAGAUUAAUUGGGAACAUAAUGUAAAACAUCUGAUGGGAGAUUUUUUGGGGGGUUUUUUUGGUAUGUUUUAAUAAAUACUGCUUUAGAAUAGACAUUAAUGAAACUGCAGAUAAUGAAUUGCUAUAAGUAAUAUCCUUUUCUUUCCAUUAGUUGUAGAGCCUCCUCAGUAAAUAAAUAGCACAGUGACUGCUACUGACUUAACUAUACCAUUCUGUGUCUUGCAUUUAACGGCACAAUUAUGACUUUAGUUGUAUUUUGGUACAACUUUUUUUUGUAACAACAUCAAUGUAUUGGUCUAAACUAAUGGAGUUUAGUGGUUAAUUGCACAAACUGUUAAUGGGCAGAUGUCUGUUGUGAAACAUAUAAAAUACAGACUUGUGAGGACUCACGAGUUAUACAUAUAGUUACAAAUGUAUGCAUUGCCUUGGGCCCAAUUAAAAAAUAACUCUUCAUGUUACAAAACUAGUAAGAAGCACUUUUAUUGUAGUACUUGAAAACGCUAGUGCAAACUUUGUGCUGGGCUACGUCCCAGCCCAUUUUACAUUAUUUUAAAUAAAUGUAUACUGCCAGUAGUAACUGUGAAUAGAGCAGCACCACAAAAACAAAGUAGAUUCUGUAUAACCCUUUAUUCAAAGAAAUAACCUAUGAUAUUCAUUUAAGACCUCAUACAUACACCUUGAUUGUUACUUGCUCAUUGUGGAACAUGGCUUCAAACUUAAAACUGGGUUAAAUCCUUUGCAGAUGUGCCCAAAACUGUUGCAUUUACUGAAGCACUGUGGGGUUCUGUGUAUACAGUACUCCAUGAUUUAUUUGUGAUUGAAUAUGUGACUUUUGGGUUGAUUUCAUCAUCCUGUACUUCACCAGGCUUUUUUGAGUAUUUUACAGCAUUGACAAAUUGCCCUGGAUUGCACCAAACACCUGUCCUGUAGUUAUUCCAAAAUAGCCAUGAAAAAUGUGGUUUAUGCAAUCUAGAUGUGUACAGUGAAAUGCUCAGAAAUCCAGAUGUGGCUUAUCCUGGGAUUAAUCCCCUUCUCCUGUUCAUACAAAACAUUUACCAUGUCCCAGGUGCACUUUGACUAAAAUGAGUUCUAUUGUAAUUGUGUAAUAUCAGGCUUAACAAAAUAUCAUUGUCUGGAAUGUGUAGCUGGCACUGAAUGCCUUUUAAAGUAUAAUCAAUCUUCCGUUUAAAAAAAAAAAAAAAAAAAAAAAAAAAGUUUAGUGAGCAGUGUAAAGUCUAGAAACCGUGUUUUAGUUUUGAUGCAGCGCCAUAUCUGUUCUUAUUAUAGCAGUUUAGAAGUUCUCACUUAUUGCAUUAAAUCGUGGUUUAAUUGAGGUUCUGCUUUACAAAACUACAUAUAUUGCACAUGCCAGUACUCUGAAAUGUUAAAAAAAUAUGACUAAUUGUGAUUUUAUUGGUUCUGCUUUGAUGCUUUGAUAAUAAAGGAUUUUUAAAUGCUG